CACAGUGUACAUACUAUAGUCUAUAGUCGACGAAAACUGAGAUAAAGUCGUCACCCACAAAAUCACGAACAAAGCACUCAAGAUUCAAGUCGAAAAAGCGAAAAAUAUAUCUUAAAAAGCGCACAUUUAAAAACAAGUAAGCAUUCAUCAUGAAAGCACAUGCACGUGCUCCAGAUCCUCUAACAAAAACCAAUGACAUGGCCAGUAAUUGGCACAGUUGGAAGGAAGAUUUCAUCAUAUUUAUGAAAGUAACUGGCUAUAUUAAUAAGCCCAAUGAUAUUCGUGCAAAUAUCUUGAAAAAUCGGAUUGGAAAAAUUGGUAUUGAUGCAAUACAAACUAUGACUUUUAACAGACCGCAGGAUAAAGAUAACAUGGAUAUAUUGAUUGCAAAACUGGAAGAAUUCUUUAAUCCACCAAAAAAUGAAAUAGUCGAGCGAUAUCAUUUCUUUACAAGAGACAAAAAACACAAUGAAACCAUCCAACAAUAUAUAAAUAUCUUAAAAGAAAAAGCCAAAACUUGCAAUUUCAAAGACACAGUGGAUAAUGUUAUACGAGAUAAAAUUAUUUCUAUUACUCAAGACAAAAUACUUUUGAAAAAAUUUUUUGAGACAAAAAAUUUAGAUUUGCAGAAACUGAUAGCAAUUUAUAACGAUUACAAUAUCAAUACAGAGAAAAUGAAACAAAUUACUAAAGAGACCAUAGAAUCCAGAAGCACACCAAAGCCUUUGUUGAAUGAUACAAAGAGAAAGUGUUGGAGAUGUAAUUCUCAACAUCCAUUAAGAAAGUGUCCUGCUUGGGGGUCAAAGUGUACAAAAUGUGGUGAUGUGAAUCAUUUUACCCAAUGUUGUCAAGGUCCCAAACCUAAGGUAAAUGAUAAUAAGAUAAAUAAUUUAUUAAAUCCAAUGAAUCAAGCAAAAAUGCAUCCAACACAACAGACUAAUGUUUCAAAGAAUAAUAACAAAAAAAAUUAUCAUAAGGCAAAUUCUGGGAUUAAAGAUAUGGGUCCAAUGAAUAAAAAGACUAGUUUUCCAGGAAUUCCAACAGCACCUUGUACUGCAAAGUUAACUUUUUGCAACGAUCCAUUUAAUUGUACAAUGCGAGGUGUAUGUCAUUGUAAGCCGUGUCCAAGUUUACAUACCAAUAAUGCCACAAGUCAAUCAAUAUAUUCUCCUAAAAAUACACAUUUUAAAUAUGAUUCUAUGUUAAGAAGACCAUAUUAAUUUUCAAUAUACAAGCACAAAUAACAUAAAAGAUCCAACUA